GACGCCAUUUUGUUCUUUGACAACAACAAUUUUUAUCUUAUGAAACAUAAGACUAACUAAACACAUAUUUCUAAACAAAGUAUCGAAACGCAAAAAAGCCAGACUUGAUCUUAAACAUGUGAAAUGAAUUAUUUGAAGCUGUGGAGUGCUUGGAUAACAAACCACAUUUACAGGAAAGUGGUAUUACUGCAUAACAUAAGAGCAAACUGUAUACAUCAGUUGGGGUUCGACUCAUCAGUCAGUCAUUAGUUGGAUAACAAUUACCAAAAAGGCAGAGCACAUAAGGACUCGAUAUCAAAAACGAUGGCCACUGUUCCUGUUUUACCUUCGUUCGAAGAACAAGAAAGACACGCGUCCGCCUUAAUGAUUGCAAUAGAUAUAUAUCCCAAAAUGAUGAAAGAAAUGCUCUAUAAUAAAUACAAAUCUCCGUCUUCAGUAAUUGUAGUCUACCAACUGAUACAAAAUGUAAUAGAUGAUGAAAAUGACCCGUUAGUGAAACAGCUCACUGCACUUGAAAAAAGUAUAGUAAAGUCAAUCAACAUGGAUGGCUUUGCAAAAUGUGACAUUUCUUUAUUGUACAGAUUAAUCAGGUAUUUUAAACUUUUACCAGCGCCUUCUAGAGGAUGGGGCGCUAAACCAUCUAUAAAGGAAAUCAGAGAGGGAGAUGACGUCGAAAGAAUGAAACGGUAUCGCAACGAUCUCGUACAUCGACCAAAAGGUGGUUUAUCUGAAAGCGAAAAGACAGAUAUUUUUACAGAGAGUAUUAAUAUUGCAAAGCGUCUUGACAGUAGGUCGCCCACUCAUGAUUUUGAAAGCAAAGUAAGAGCAACCAAGUAUGUAACUCAAGAAAAAUAUGUAACAGCAUUAGAGCAAUGUGCCGAAAACAGGGGUCUACUGAAACAAGCGCAGGUGAAUCUUUUGUACGGACAAGACAUCGUUAUUAAACUGGGACACCAAGAAGAAAAUAACAGCAGCGGUACCAACAGUACAAGAUAUUCUAUUUAUACUAGGGAUGCAAAUAUGGAUGUACCUGCGGUAAUUAAAAGGUUGGACGAAAUAAAGCAAAAACUAAAUGACGGAUCAAGCGAAGUGAAAUUAUUAGGCGGUGAGAUUGGAAGUCUCAUUCUAGAUAUCACAAUAUCCAACGCCAGCUUUAGUACCAAGAAAAUACUGCAUGACGUUUUGGAUCUUUUUUUACAACAGCUUUUCUUACAUGCUGAUAUACACCAAACACCAGGAAAAGUUUUGGAUGCAGUAUUGACAGAAAAUGAUAAUGAUGCUUUUUCUAGCGGGUCUGAUCAAGGAGAAUAUGACUUCUUAUGCGAAAAGCGAUCAUCGGUUUUAAAAUUAGAUGUUGACAUACAUAACUGCGCUUUCCGUGAUAAAAAUGUGCUGCAUGAAGAAAUAAGCAGAUUUAUAGAUGAUGUUACUGGUGCAAGAGAUGAUGAUGAUGCCACGAUGCAAAAUGGAUCCCCGAGAGAUGUAAUGAUAGUAUCAACUCAAGAAAAACAAGUUGCUACUAUUGAUUGCAAAAUAGUUGACUUGGGUCACAAACGAACAUAUAAUACAUGUCAGUUUUACAUUCGCUCAAUUACACGACACUGGAAAUAUUUGAAAGAAAAUUUAGACGUUGUUUCUAUAAGCAAUGAGCUUAGCAUGUCUAAGUUUAUUAAAUGCAUUAACUUCGAGCAUGUGUGCGAAAACCCACGAAGAGAGCAAGCAGAAAAUAUACUUGAUAAGGUUAUACGGACAAUCCAACGUUCAGAAGAUUUUCGAACGUUUUUGAGGAUAGUGGAAAACCACCAGAAGGAUGUAGCUGAUAAAAUCAGAGAACCAUUUAUAUAUACAGAAGAAGAAAACCCAACAUCGUGUAAAGAUGCAAAAAAAGAUGAACAGAGAAUAUUAUUAAACAAAGAAAUGUUAGAAAUGGAACUUACAUCAACUGAUGUAGAUGAAAUUCUUGACGAUUUUAUGGAAGCUGACGUAUUUGACGUGCAUGAUUUGGAUGAUAUUAAACGUCCAGGAAAGUCAAGCAAAACAUCAGUUUUUAUUGAAAGAUUAUUGCAAAAAAUGCAAAAGAAUGCUUAUUUGCAUUUGCAGAAAACGUUGGAGCGCAUAAAAGAUCCAAGUAUUUGCAGACGUAUUCUCGGUGAUUUAGAAGCAACGCCGAUUCUGCCACAUGAAACAGAAGAUGGAAAGAUAACAGAUCUUAGAAUACCUAACACUAUGAUUGUUCGGUCUCACCGAUCAUUUCUCAUAGAUGAAAUUGACCCUCUGCUGAUGAUUGACGAAUGCGUUCAAAAAAAUAUAUAUAUUGAUCAGGAAGGAUUAGAAAGAAUUACCGAUAGAAAAUCUCGAGCAAGAAAGUUUUUAGAUGACUUACAAGAGCAUGACAAGUGCACAAGUCUUGAGAAAGAUCUGUUAAAUGUUUUUGAGACAAAGGCAAUGCAUUGUUUAUCCAAAAAACUUGCAUUUUCACAGACAUUGCUCAAUUACAAAGAUACUGAAGCCCUAAGGCAGAAUAUAGUCAGAUACAGGAAGGAAAUCGCUGAAAGUGUGGAUAUCGAUGAGAUGAAAGAUAUGUUUAUUGAUAGAAACAUUUUUAAAGAGUCGCUUUUUCAAGCAAUUGCUGAGAGAUACCCGGAUAAAAGACAAAAGAGAGUUAUCUCGCUUUUGACACAAAUCCUUCCAGCCGGAUGGUAUGCUUGGAUAACUUUAAUUGACGUUCUGUAUUGGCGUACCUUUUCAUCAUUAGCACACACAUUAUUGAAUAAGGGAGAGGACAAUCAAUGGUUGGCUAAAUCAAUACCUUUAAUGUUUCAAAAAGAUACAUCAGACAGGAUAGAAGAUGCAGAAACUUCUUCCACUUCUGACAAAAAAGACAAAACGGAAGAUGCAGAAACUUCUUCCACCUCUGACAAAAAAGACAAAACGGAAGAUGCAGAUAAAUCAUACAAAUCCAAUGAGAGCAGAAUACAAGAAUUGAUUUUGAAUGUAGAAACAAAAAGAUUAGAGGUUGAAACAGCAAGAUUAAACAUCGAAAGACGAAAGUUAGAAUUAAAAGAAAGGCAAUUUGCUGAACUAGCAAGGGAUUCUUCUUCGUUUUAACAAUUCAAUGUCAGUACAGUUUUUCAUGUGACCAUCUGAUUUUAUGUAUAUAUGUGAUUGCCUAAAGUAAAACAAACCUUGUUUAACUGAAUUAAAUGAAUAUUUAGUGAUCAAACAGUAACUUUUGCAAAGAAUUUCGAAGAUAUUUGAAUUGGAGCUUACAACACACAAAACGAUGACCAGGUAUCGAAAAACAAAGUGACAAAAGAAUCCUGUAUACAGUAGUCCCUUUACCGUAUCUCCAUCAUUGCGACAAGUUGAAAAAAAGUAGCAAGACUUGCAAACCUUGAUUAAUCUCUCAGUGACUCUUUUGUUUCUGAACAUGAAAGUUCUGAACAGAGCAUAUCAUCCAUUGUUAAAAACCUGUUUUAAGUUAUCGGAUUGUGUUUGUGCUACUCUAGAAAUUAUAACUUUUUUCAAUUUUAUCUUUCCUUUCAUCGCUGUAAAAGUCAAAUAAUCAUAUACUAGUACACACAUUUGUAUAUAGAUUUACACAUUUAAAAUUUAAUCAGUGACUUUAGCCCAGGGGUUCGAGUACAAGUUGUGUUCUUCUACACUGAAAUAUUGUGAGGAUAUCUGUUUUUCUAAAAUAAAGUUUUCUUUUAUGUAAUUUUGAAGUCCUUUUAUAUGAGGUUUGAUAUCUUGCAUCAUAGAUCUGUAUAUGAAGUAUUUUGUCAGUGAAAUAACUUAAUUUUUGAUAAAAUUCAAUUUAUGAUUUUCAUAGAGGCCAAAAAUGUCAAUAUUCAUAUUUAGUGGACUUUCGAUAUGAACUAUUUUGUAAAUCCAAGAACUCAGAUUGUACCAAAUGUUGGCUACUGUGUGACAACUCCAAAGAAAAUGUUCUAUAGAUUCUGGUUCUUCCUUGCAAAAUGUUCAAAAAUUACAAUUUACAAAGUUUUUUUUAAUGAGUAAAGCGUUUCUACCCAAAUUAUAAUGAAUAAUUCUAUAUUGAAACCAAUAUACCAUAGUGUUUUUUGAAACCUUGGUAAGACCAAAUGGUAUUUUUUCUACAACUUUAUAUAGGAUACCUUCCCAUUGUUUUCUGCUGCAAAAUCUAUAGGUUUAGUACCUCGGUUUAAUAUAGUAUAAAUGUCAUUUGAACCCUUUUCUGACUUGAAGAAAAUUUUAACAUUAAAAGGCAUAAUAUCCUUAUGUUUAUUUCUGUCUUUCAGUGUCGACUCCAAUGGCUUGUAACGACUUUUUUACUGCAAGAAUAAUCCCACAAAACUGUAGAAACAUGGUUUGAUAUUAUAUAUCAUUUUCAUUUGUCAAUAUAUUUCCAUGUUCAACUAACAGGUCAUUUACAGUCCGAAUUGCACUGAGUAUUAAUGAAUGUAUACAGCCUCACUUACAUGUACUAACCAUUAAACAUAAUGAAGAUGCAUUUAUUCUGAGAGAUAUUUAAAUAAACACCUCUCACGAUUUUUUUUUGAUCGGAUCUAAGUUUUAUGUGAUAUUUAGUUCAGGUUUAUAUGCACAGCUUUUCACAAAAUUUUUAUGAUUGCAUUUGUAUUAGUAUGUCCAACAUAUAGGGCGAUUAGAAUAUUUGUUCUGCCACGCUAUUAUUGUUCAUGGAUUAAUAUUUUUAAACUAUCUUGUUUGUUGAAAGCUAAUUCUAGAUCGCUAACAAUAAAGCUCUGUAACUAUUUGAACAAUGCAUGGAAAGCUAGAUCUUAUAUUAUUGGUUAGUUAUGUUAUUAUUGUAUUGUUCUUUGUUAUCAGUCUUUUGUCACAUUGUGUAUAUAUUAUGUAUUGCCAUAGCAUGUUCUAUAUGCUUUUGCAAAUAAAUAUUCAUUCAUUCAUUCAUUCAUUCAUAUCAACCUUAAUCUUCGAAUUCUCAACUUUGAUAUUGGAAUUUCCUACUUAAAUCCUGGAAUUAUCAUCUUUAAUCUUGUAAUUGCCAACUUUAAUCUUGGAAUUAUCAAUUUUAAUUUUGAAUUUCGAACUUUAAUCUUGGAAUUGUCAACUUUAAUCUUUUACUUCAAACUUUAAUUUUGGAAUUACUAGUAUCAACUUUAAUCGUGGAACUACAAGCCUCUAUUUGGAAAAGGUUUACUUUCAUUUUCAUUAAAGAAGUUCCAAAACACGAAUCAGUUUCCGAGGAGAAUAGACGUGACGGAAGAAAGAAUAAGAACCUUAAAUACACAGAAUGUAAGUCUUAUAACCAAAAAGGUAUGUAAUUUACGGAAGCGUAUUAGGACAAUUUUUUUCUAUUUUCUAAAUUGUCGACUUUUAUCUUGGAAUUAUCAACUGUAUUCUUUGAAUUUCCAACAUAAGUUACUUGAAUUUUCAAUUUGAAUCUUGGAAUUAUCAACUUUAAUCUUUUGAUUAUCAACUGUAACCUUUCAAUGACUGAUAUUUUACUUCUAGCUCAUAGUUUAUUGUAUUUCUCAAUAUAAACUUAAUCAACAUAUAAUUUGCGGCAAAUAUUUUGGUAAAAUGUAAAAGAAAAAAGGCAUGUAUCUAAAGUCAUGUAUAGCUUGACGUAGCCUAAUAGGUGUAAUACCACCAUUGAUUAUCCCCUAUUAGUCUUUGUUAAAUUUGCACUUUUUAAAAAAUUAUACAGAAUUUAUCUUUGUUUCAAAUAAAGAAAUAAUUGGAAGGAGUAAAGUUUUAUCCUGUCCAGUACUAUAGAAAAAAAUUCACAUAACAUUUCAUUGCAUAUAAGAAAAUAACAAUCACUGGAAGUUAACCAAUCAAAUUUCCCCCCUUAUUUAACUUGUGUACAAGUUUUAGUAAUUAUGUAACCUCAAGUUUCCAAAAUAUUCUAUAGAAACCGCAAACAAAAAAAAGUAAUGGUGCUUUGAAAUACCCAAGAUAUAUGUUUUUGACCAAGAAAUGUUUUACUGCAAUAAAAUGUAGGAUUAAUUACCUACAACUGUCAAAUUCUAGGAAAUAUUUUUUUUCGACCUAUUUUCGUAUGCAACCGGAUGUGACAUACCAUGAUUUGGUGGUAUUACACCUAAUAUUCAUGAGGGAUGUAACUUCCUAGUAAUUGUUAUACGUGGAUAAUGUUGAUAAUUCUAAGAUUAAAGAUGGACAUUCCAAGACUAAGUUGAUAAUUCCAAGAUUAAAGUUGACGAUUUCAAAAUUAAAUUAUAUGUUUGAUUAUUCCAAGAUAAAAGUUGAUAAUUCCAAGAUCAAAUUUUGAAAAUCUAAGAUUAAAUUUUUAAAUUCCAAGAUUAAAGUUGAGUAUUCCAAGAUUAAAGAUGAUAAUUCCAAGAUUAAAGUUGAAAAUUCCUAGAUUAAAGUCGACAAUAAAAAAAAUAAAAAAGGAUGGCCGUAAUACGUUUCGGUACUACGCUAAGUUGACUCCCAAAUUAUAUUUUCGGGAACUUAUAAAGUGCAUGUUUAGGAUGUUCACUAAAAAUCUUCAAAAGAAGAAACUGUGUAUAACUAACGACGACCCCGUUAGGGUAAGGGUAUCGGUUAUAGUAGGUAUUUGGUUUUUGAAAUAAAAAAAAUUAGUUAAA